UGGUUCAUAGUAAUUCAAUUGACAUAAGUACUUUUUUUUAAACUGUAAAUAUAGUGUAAGUGCUCUAAAUUAUAAUGUGUUUUAGAGAAUUCAGGGUUAAGUAUAAUUGAUUUAACUUUGCAGUUUGAUGUGAAAAAAGUUCCGAAACUAUCUUUAACUACCCUUAAAUGUUUAAUGGGGUUGGAGGGUGGGGGUCAUUGUGUUAACAUAAGUAGGCUAAUCAUAUGUCUUUUGUAAGGUUGAAUUGGAGGCGUGUGCUGUCGCGGUGGGAGCGCGCAGAGGAAGGGAGGGCAAUCUUGUCUGGACGCUAAUAAGACCCAAUGGCUGGUGCAAGGUGGCCAGGAGCUCUGCAACGCGACAGAAGAAGACGGUGGACGAAGGAGAGAAGAAGAAGAAAAAAAAAUCUCUGGAGAGACAUUUCUGGAUGAACAAAUAGGAUGACAGCGCCGCGGGAGCGUCCAUAGGAGCUGCAGGGAACCGUGCGUGGGGCUUUCGUUGUGCGUCAGUUUGUGUGCAAUGUCAAAGGAACUGCGUGGAGAGAGAAGCGAUGAAAUACAUUAAAAAGAAGUUCCUGUUCUUCCUGUUCAUCAUCUGCUCUAAUACCACAUGAUUUGGAAUGGACCAAGAUUUGACCCUCAUUCACAUGCUAUCACACACCUGGACCUGGGGUAUCACUGUGAGCCACUGACUCCUGGGAGCCCCAACCCUCCCCAAUGAAGCAGUCCUGGUGGGCCCGUCUGGUGCAGCUCGGCCUGCUCGCUGUGUGGACCUGCAUAUGGCUGGUCCAGGGAUGCGGACCGGGCCCUGGGUACGGCAUCCGCUCAAGGCCCAGGAAACUCACAGCCAUGCACUACAAGCAGUUUUUCCCCAACUUCUCAGAAAACAACCUCGGUGCCAGCGGGAGAGCAGAGGGCAAGAUCACACGCAACUCUGAGCGCUUCAAUGAACUUGUGUGCAACUACAACCCAGACAUUGUCUUCAAGGAUGAAGAGAACACCAACGCAGACCGCUUCAUGACCAAGCGCUGUAAGGACAGUUUGAACAGGCUGGCUAUCGCAGUGAUGAACCAGUGGCCAGGGGUACACCUGCGUGUGACGGAGGCUUGGGAUGAGGACGGCCACCACCCUGCCAGCUCUCUGCACUAUGAAGGCCGGGCCGUGGAUAUAACCACGGACGACAGAGAAACGGAGAAGUAUGGUCUUCUCGCCCAGCUGGCUGUGGAGGCUGGCUUUGACUGGGUCCACUAUGAGUCCAAAUAUCACAUCCACUGCUCAGUAAAAGCUGAUCACUCUGUUGCAGUGGAAAAAGGUGGCUGUUUCCCAGGCUGGGCCCGGGUGACUGUUGCUGGAGGGCUGCAGAAAAGCCUGUCGUCCCUGGCUCCCGGGGACAGAGUCAUGGCCUUGUCUGGAACAGGCCAAGUCGUGUUUAGCCAAGUCCUCUUGUUUCUGCACCGGGAUCAAGAAAGCUGGUCUACUUUUCUGUCUCUGGAGACAGAAGAAGGUCAUAGAUUGGCCCUCACUCCACAUCACUUGGUCUUUUUAGCCCCCCAUUGCAGACUUGACAGCAGUGAGUAUCAGGCUCAGUUUGCUAGCAGAGCCAAACCAGGAGAAUGUGUUCUCAUCCAUACAGCGCAGGGUCAAGUACGUCCAUCUCGAAUCAUCUCAGUUUCAGUAGAGGAGAGUGUGGGAGUGUAUGCACCCUUGACAGAAGCUGGAACUGUGUUUGUUGAUGGGGUGCUGGCAUCCAGCUAUGCUCUGGUGGAGGACCACAGACUUGCACACUGGGCAUUUGUACCUGUUCGACUCCUCUCCUCAUUCAACCAGCUACUUUGGGGGGACAUGAGCAGACAGCAGACCACAGACAGUGAGACAGCUUGCACUGAGACUCCAUUUCAUUGUAGCACUUUGACCACAACGGACAAAGCAGGUGUGUAUGUGAAUAAUGGCACUUUGAACAAACAAGACAAUCUGAGUGAAGCUCUGAGGAUGGAAAUGGAAGAGCAGCAGACAUCAGAUGUGCACUGGUAUGCUAGAUUACUGUACAGUUUUGGAUGUAUCUUUUUAGACUCCAGCUCAUUUUAUCCUUAAAAGCCUGAAACUAUGCUCAGAACUGUUCAAUGUUAAAGCUUUGAGGCAUUUACACUAACACUUCUUGUUCUCUUUUUCAAUAAAUUAAAAGCACAGGAAUGGCUUGAUUGCUUCCCCCCCUGUGUUUUCCUUAUAAUCUAUCAUAAUGAUAUACAUGCUAAUACUUAAGCGAUAUUUUGUAAGAGAUGACAAUCUGAGCAGGUUACUGUAAACUAUGGUCAUUCCAUGACUGUAUAAUGGUCUAUUUGUACAUCAUGUUAUUUCUUUUAAUUAUUUCAGUUAUAUAUGUUAAAAAAUAUAUUAUUCUAAUGGGAUAGGAAUUAAUUUUCCCACAACAAUAGAAUCUUUAUUUUUGUACUUUCUGAAUCAUAAUAUAUAAAUGUUUAAUUUUAUUAUAAUAAUUCCUACACUACAUGUAUUGUAUGUCCUCGCAUGUUGCCAUGUCGUAAAACAAAUUAAAAUGUCAUUUUAUUAAGCAACACUUUCUUCAUCUCUGGAGUAAAUUGUGUCUGUUAAGCUGAUUUGCCUUUUGCUUGUUGAGCAAAACUGAGUUUGAAACAUUUGAGACGUAUGCAAAAAGAUCCUAGUAUUAUGUACUGUAUGUUCAAGUGUUCAAGAGCUUAGUGGAAAUCUAGUCCAGCUGGCUGGCAGGUUAAUGAAAAGCCCAGACGUACUUAAUAUUCCCCACACUGUGCCACCACCUUGACUUUAUCACAGACUUUAUCAAAUAGCUGCUUCAAGGGAGUGUUCGAGUUUCUUACAAUCUUAAAGGACACUGUUUUAUUCAUUUCCACUGGUCAGAUUGGGUCACAUGUAUAUCUGUUGGUGGCAUAGUACACUUCAUGUUUACACCACUUUCUAUGUCUACCAGUCUGCACUAUACAAUGUUGUGAUUAUACAAAUGUGUUACUCCAGUUACUAGUAAACAUUUAGUUUAAUUAUUUUGUCAUGCAAACCUACUUUUGGAAGGCUAUAGUCAUGUGUAAGGCCAUACUCAGGACAUGCAGUAUAGGGUUAUACACCCCCUUGUGGAGGAACUGAUAUUAAGCCUUUGCAUUUUAUUUAAUAUCAUUUCUCAAAAGAAUGCCCUCGUACGUAUAAUAACUACUUUAGGUAUUUCAACACACCUUGAUUUCAUUUGUCUUUUGUGAUACUUGUAGUUAUUUGUCAGUAAAUACAAUGAGAUGUCA